AUGUUUCACCUAAUUAAGAAAGACAAGGAGAAGGAGAAGGACCCCAGCAAGAAGGAGAAGAAAGACAAGAAGGAGAAGAAGGAACGUAUGUCCCAGGCAGAGUUAAGGAGCCUGGAAGAGAUGAGCAUACGUAGAGGCUUCUUCCACCUCAAUCGAGGGAGCUCUAAGAGAGACUCUAGGAGCAAGCUGGAGAUCUCCAGUCCUAUCCCGAUUAAGGUGGCCAGCAACACGGAGCUCUGCCUCACGGACCUGGAGGCUGAGCUCCUUCACAACACCGUGGAGCAGGGUGUGGGCCAAAUAAGUGCAAGUACCUCUGGAGAAGACAUGAAGGGGAAUGAACUGGACCAUCAUCGCAGCUCUGUGAAGGAGAGAGCAGCUAAGUUUGGGGAACUGGCCAAGUUGAAUUCCAUAGUAGGCCAGAGGAAAGUAAGUUUUUCCCAGAACAGCAAAGAGGACAAUACUUUGGAGGCUUCCAAUCUUUCUGGGCAGAGCUGGACUUCUUCACAGGCCCACCCCAACCCCAAAGGCAGCAUCCUGGUUGACAUUCCUGAGGUGGUGGAGAAGACCUAUCCCGGCGCAGACCUGCAGCUGCCUGCGAUCGUCGCCCCACCGAUACCAGACCCAAGAGAACUGGAGCUGCAGCGGCGCAACACUGGAGAUUUUGGCUUCUCUUUGCGGAGGACCACCAUGCUAGACAGGCAGUCAGACGGAGGAGUGUGCCGGCGCGUGGUGCAUUUCGCCGAACCGGGGGCUGGGAGCAAGGACCGGGCUGUGGGCCUGGUGCCAGGAGACAAGCUGGUGGAAAUCAAUGGGAUCAACGUGGAGAACAAAAGCAGGGAUGAGAUCGUGGAGAUGAUCCGUCAGUCUGGGGAGUCGGUUCGGUUGAAAGUGCAGCCGAUUUUGGAGCUGAGCGAGUUGAACCGCUGCUGGCUGAGGAGCACUCAGGGCCUGCACAAAGAAGUUAAGGAGACAUCUGGCCCCCCUGUGGUCCCCAAUGGUAAACCGUCCCUGCCCCAUGCCCAGUCUGCACCGACUGAACAGCGUGCCAGAGGCCACAAACCCACUCAGUCCAAGGUUGCUGAGGACCCUGUGGCGUUCCUUCAGGCAGCACACUCAGUUGCAGCUAAGGGAAAGACUGAGGAGCAGAUAACGGCAGAGAGAGCCUGGUAUAACACGGAGAAAGUAUGGCUCGUUCACAAGGAUGGAUUUUCCUUGGCAACUCUCCUGAAGACAGAGACAGGCAGCCUGCCAGAGGGGAAGGUGAAAAUCCGCCUGGAGAGUGAUGGAUCUUUAUUGGAUGUGGAUGAAGAUGAUGUGGAGAAGGCAAACCCUCCGUUGUUUGACCGAGUGGAGGACCUGGCCUCGCUGCAGUAUUUGAAUGAGUCGAGCGUAAUGCACUCUCUGCGGCAGCGCUACGGCAGUAACCUGGUGCACACCCACGCUGGGCCCAACAUGGUGGUCAUUAACCCCAUUAGCGCUCCCUCGAUGUAUUCUGAGAAGGUGAUGCAAAUGUUCAAAGGCUGCAGGAGGGAGGACGCCGCCCCUCACAUUUACAGCAUGGCACAGACCGCCUAUAGGAACCUUCUGACCACUCGCCAGGAUCAGUCCAUUGUCUUGCUGGGCAAGAGUGGAAGUGGCAAAACCACCAACUGCCAACACAUCAUCCAGUAUCUGGUUACCAUCGCUGGAAGCACCAACAAAACCUUCUCUACAGAGAAAUGGCAGGCAGUCUAUUCGGUUUUGGAGGCUUUCGGAAAUGCCUCCACCUGUAUGAAUGGGAACGCCAGUCGCUUCUCGCAUAUUGUUUCGUUGGACUUCGACCAGGCGGGCCUGGUGACCUCAGCCUCUAUCCAGACCAUGCUCCUGGAGAAGAUGAGGGUGACAAGAAGACCAGAGGGGGAGUCCACUUUUAAUGUCUUUUACUACCUGAUGGCUGGAGUAGAUAGCUCUCUUAGAACUGAGCUGCACCUCAAUCACUUCGCCGAAAACAAUGCAUUUGGAAUCACGCCACAAACUAAGACGGAGGAUAAACAGCGGGCCUCCCAGCAGUUUUCCAAGCUGCAAGCAGCCAUGAAGGUUCUGGGGAUCAGUGCUGAUGAGCAGAGGGCCCUCUGGCUUGUCCUUGGGGCCAUCUACCAUCUUGGGGCUGCAGGAGCAACCAAGGCUGGCAGGAAACAAUUUGCACGUCAUGAGUGGGCCCAGAAGGCAGCGUACCUGCUGGGCUGCACCCUGGAGGAGCUCUCCUCCUCCAUCUUCAAGCACCAGGCCAAGGGCACCCUGCCCAGAGCCAGCACCAUCCGCCAGGCUUCUGACGAAAAUGGCACAGCAGAUGCAGGAUCCAAAGCUACAGCCGUGGAGUGUUUGGAGGCCAUGGCAUCUGGGCUUUACUCGGAAAUCUUCACUAUCCUCAUUUCUCUAAUCAACCGGGCCUUGAAAUCCAGCCAGCACUCCCUGUGCUCUCUGCUCGUGGUGGACACACCAGGCUUUCAAAACCCCAGGCUGGCUAAGCGCGAGUGCGGCGCGACCUUUGAGGACCUGUGCCACAACUACACUCAAGAACGUCUGCAGACCCUCUUCUACCAGCGUACCUUUGUUCAGGAGUUAGAGAGAUACAAAGAGGAGAACAUCGAGCUUUCUCUCGACGACACAGAACCGAGCACAUCACUGUCUGUAGCGGUGGUAGACCAAGCCUCGAGCCAAGCGCUGGUACGAACAGUUCGAACAGAUGAGGCACGGGGGCUGUUGUGGCUGAUGGAGGAGGAGGCAUUGCAGCCUGCAGGAUCAGAGGAGACACUGUUGGGACGCCUCUUUAGCUACUAUGGACCUGCUGAGGGCGAGAGUAAAGGUCACACUUUCCUGCUGAAGAGCGAAAAAGAUAAUCAUUUCCUGCUGGGCCACGGUCAUGGGACCGACUGGGUGGAGUACGAUGUCCAGGGGUGGCUGAACUACGCCAAGCAGAAUCCUGCCUCCACCAACGCUGCGAGCCUCCUGCAGGACUCCCAGAAGAAAAUCAUCAGCUCGUUGUUCAUGAGCCGAGCAGGUGGAGCCACCGUUUUAUCAGGUUCCAUUGCAGGCCUUGAAGGUGUUUCCCAGCUGUCUUUGCGGCGAGCUACUAGCAUGAGAAAGACCUUCACUACAGGGGUAGCUGCUAUAAAGAAGAAAUCCUUGUGCAUCCAGAUAAAGCUUCAAGUGGAUGCUCUCCUCGACAUGGUGCGGAGAUCCAGGAUUCAUUUUGUUCACUGCAUACUGCCCAAGGCGGAUGCCCUGAAGGCUCUGAGUGGAUCCCUGUUCAAAGGAGGGGAAUGCGAGGCUCAAGGGGAGAGUGGAGAUCCUGGCUUAAUGCAGCUGGAUGUAGCGCUGCUCCGCGCUCAGAUACGUGGAUCCAAGCUGCUGGAUGCUCUGCGGAUCUACAGGCAAGGUUACCCUGAUCACAUGGUGUUCUCCGAGUUCCGGCGGCGCUUCGAUGUGCUGGCACCGCACCUCACCAAGAAGCACGGGAGGAAUUACAUAGUGAAGGACGAGCAGAGAGCUGUGGAGGAGCUACUGGAGUCCUUGGAUUUGGAGAAAAGCAGCUACCACAUGGGUCUGAGCAGGUUGUUCUUCAGAGCUGGCACCUUGGCUAAGCUGGAGGAACAGAGGGAUGAGCAGACCAAGCGUAAUUUAACCCUGUUCCAAGCUGCCUGUAGAGGUUACCUGGCACGGCAAGCCUUCAAGAAGAGAAAGAUUCAGGAUCUAGCAAUCCGGUGCAUCCAGAAAAACAUCAAGAAGAACCGCGGUGUGAAGGACUGGCCAUGGUGGAAAGUCUUCACCACAGUGCAGCCCCUCAUUAAGGUCCAGCUAACCGAGGAUCAGAUGCGAAGCAAAGACGAGGAGAUACAGCUGCAGAAAGUGAAGCUCGAGAGGGUGGAGAAAGAGCGAAAUGAGCUGAGACUGAACACGGAUCGAUUGGAGAGCAAGAUCACUGAGUUGUUGGCAGAACUCGCUGAUGAGAGAAGCACUAGUGAGUCAGCAUCCCAGUUGCUGGAGACCGAGACUUCGGAGAGACUGCGCCUGGAGAAAGACAUGAAGGACCUACAGGUUAAAUUCGACGCCAUGAAGAAACAGUUAGAGUCACAGGAGAUGGAGGUGAUGGAGGCGCGACUCAUGAAAUCGUCAGAGCUCAACGGGGAGAUGGACGACGAUGAUGAUGCUGGAGGCGAGUGGCGGAUAAAAUACAAUCGAGCCAUUCGCGAAAUGGACUUCACCAAAAAGAAACUCCAGCAGGAGUUUGAUGACAAGCUUGAGACAGAGCAGCAGAGCAAAAGACAACUUGAGAGAAAGCUGACUGAUUUGCAGACAGAUAAUGAGGAUGUGCAGCGCUCUGUGCAGCAGCUGAAGAAGAAGUGCCAGAAACUGACUGCCGAGCUGCAGGACACCAAGCUUCAUCUGGAGGGCCUACAGAGCCGCAACCAUGAUCUGGAGAAGAAACAGAGAAAGUUUGACCUGGAGCAGAACCAGGCUCAGGCUGAGGUACAAAGAGAGAGGAGCCAGAGGGAGAAGCUGGCUCGAGAGAAAGACAUAAUGACUGGAGAGAUGUUUAACCUCCGCCAGCAGCUGCAGGACAAGGACACCGAGUUGUGCGCCAUAAACGUGAAGGUGCAGCAGCUGGAGGCAGAGCUGCAGGAUCUGUCCUCCCAGGAGUCCAAGGAUGAGGCCUCGCUGGCCAAGGUCAAGAAGCAGCUUCGUGACCUCGAGGCCAAGGUGAAAGACCAGGAGGAGGAGCUGGACGAACAGGCUGGAACCAUCCAAAUGCUGGAGCAGGCUAAACUGCGGCUUGAAAUGGAGAUGGAGAGGCAGAGGCAGACCCACUCUAAAGAAAUUGAGAGUAAGGAUGAAGAGGUAGAAGAGAUCAGGCGGUCCUGCAGUAAGAAGCUGAAGCAGAUGGAGGUGCAGCUGGAGGAGGAGUACGAAGACAAGCAGAAAGUGUUGCGCGAGAGAAGAGACCUGGAGUCCAAACUGCUGAAUGCCCAGGACCAGGUGAGCCAGAGGGAUGUGGAGACAGAGAAGAGGCUGAAGAAAGACUUGAAGAGAACCAAAGUCCUUCUGGCUGAUGCACAGAUUAUGCUGGACCACCUGAAGAGUAAUGCCCCGAGCAAGAGGGAGAUCGCCCAGCUCAAAAAUCAACUGGAGGAGUCAGAGUUCACUUGUGCAGCAGCAGUGAAGGCUCGAAAGGGCAUGGAGAUCGAAAUAGAGGACUUGCAUAUCCAAAUGGAGGAUGUGGCCAAAGCUAAGAUGUCGUUGGAGGAGCAAGUCAGCCGGCUGCAGAGAGAGAAGAACGACCUGCAGUCCCGCAUGGAGGAGGAUCAGGAGGACUUGAACGAGCUGAUGAAGAAACACAAGGCUGCAGUUGCCCAGUCUGCCAGGGACUUGAGCCAGAUCAGUGACCUGCAGGCCCAACUGGAAGAGGCCACAAAGGAGAAGCAGGAGAUCCAAGAAAAGAUUCAUUCGCUGCAGAGCCAGUUAGAGUUCCAGGAACAGUCCAUGGUGGAGAAGUCACUUGUGAGCCGUCAGGAGGCCAAGAUCCGUGAGCUGGAAACCAAGCUGGAGUACGAGAGGACGCAGAUCAAGCGCUUGGAGAGUCUGGUGGGUCGUCUGAAGGAGAACCUCGAAAAGAUGACAGAGGAGAGAAACCAACGCAUCGCUGCAGAAAACAGGGAGAAGGACCAGAAUAAGCGCAUGCAGAGGCAAAUGAGGGACGUGAAAGAAGAAAUGGCAGAGCUGUCCAAGAAGGAGGCCGAGGCGAGCCGCAAGAAGCACGAGCUGGAAAUGGACAUCGAGAGCUUAGAGGCGGCGAAUCAGAGCUUACAAGUGGAUCUCAAGCUGGCCUUCAAGAGGAUAGGGGAUCUGCAGGCUGCCAUUGAGGAUGAGAUGGAGAGUGAUGACAAUGACGACUUAAUCAACAGUUUGCAAGACAUGGUGACAAAAUAUCAGAAAAGAAAGAACAAAACUGGGGAGGAGACAGAAACAGACUCGGAGGUGGAGGACCGUGUGGAUGGAGUUAAGUCUUGGCUCUCGAAGAACAAAGGCUCCACCAAGACCCUGUCGGAUGAGGGAAGUCUGAAGAGCACCAGCCCUCCUGUGUACCGGAGACACCUGAGUCUUGGCAGAUCUGAUGAAGAGGAUGAGGCGGACAGAGACUCCAGCCGGCAGCCGCUGAGGCAGAGCGACAGCGAAGGCUUAUUGGCAGAGAGCUCGUCGUAACACACAAGUCGGGCAGCCUUGUUCUUUGGGUGACAGCAAUCACACAGGAGGGAUGCAAUUCUUUCCCCCCCCCCAAGCUUUAUUACCGCGUUCCAGUCAGCAGGGACACGCCACCGUUUUUUAGCCCGAACACUUCAUCAUACUUUACUUAAUACGGUGCACCCAUUCGCAUCCGGGAGUGAUUUUUGCUUCUAAACUGUGCUUGUUCUCUUAAGUUUUAUUUGACGCAACAUAUUAAAAGAAGUCAGUCAUACAGAACAGUAAAGUUCAGCCACUAUCAGAAGACCUUUCUGCCGCUGCUUUAUUUGUAGGAGCUGCUUUUCAGGCAAAUUUAAGCACCCUUCUGCACUCUCCUCUGACUAUUCAGAUAGCUCUGCCAAGAGGAUUUAGAUAAGCCUGCUCUGGCUGGACGCAUUCAAGAAGGUCUGACCAACUAUUAAGAUUAUUCUUAUCUCUUCCCUUCCUUUAAUGUGGACUAGUGCGGUGGGAGGAAUUAACCUAUUUUUAAUUAAUUAUCUUGCUGUAAGUUUACAUGUGGCUCUUGUUCUACGUUGAGAUUUUUAUCGUUUGAGGAAAGUGAUGCCAGGUCAUGAUUAAAAGUGAAUUUUUUCUUUUUCUUUUUGGGAGAUAAAUUAUAAAUCAGAACUAAGCCGUUAGAUAUUUAAGGGUGACCCUCUGGUAUAUGUUUGAAAUGCUGAGAAAUGGAUUUAAAUUUUGAUCUAAAAGUGUGUAUAUAUAUAUAUAUAAAUAAAUAUCUAUUAAUAUAUGUGGAAUCAGAGGCUUUACAUGCUAUUCAAAUGAAAUGAGAUUUUCUAAAGCUAGUGAGAGAAGUACUUUAAGAUAAAGUUUAUGUCAUAUUUCCGUUUUAUUCUUAUCUUUAAGUGGAGUGCAUGCUGGAGUGCUUUUGAUUUGUCAUAUUUCUUAAAGUUCAAAGAGAAUGCACUCGUUUGCUGUUAUAAAGGAACUUUCCGUCGAGCUUUUUUUAGAUCUUGCGGAUUCUCAGAUACAGAAAUGAGGGGAACCAUAAACACUUUGUACCCUGUAUGACAAAUUGCAGCUCCUUUAAAUGUUGUAUCCUGCAGAAAAAAAAACCUCCUCAGUUUUGAAUAUACAGCGUAAGGAAGUCUCUUAUGAUGUGUCUGUUGCAUAUUUUGCUGUGCACGGUGCAGAUUGUCUUGAAUUGAGGGAUUUUUUUGGCCAUAUUGGUUCAAGUAGUCAAAUAAUUGCAUUCUUCUCAGUACAUUACGGUCUUGCUAUUUCAAGGUGCCAAAUAUCAGCGUGUGGAGAUCGGCUGCUCAUUGAAGUUGGAUUGGGACUUUUUGAGCAGCCCUCAAAAUCCUGUUGGGAUGUAGAGUUGCACAGAGAUAUCUGAUAGGAUUCACACGUUGGCUUUUGAGAUUUUAUGCAGAAAACUUAUAGAGAAAAAUGUGAAAACAUUCAGUUCUAUUACAGUAUAUUUUGGGAGCAUUUAUCUGAUGAAACCUUUGUUUAUUUGUACUCAUUUAGCCACCAGUGUACUAUGACUACACUUCUGAAAAUACUGCCAAAAACACCCCGAAAUUAAAGCCAGUCUGCUCAUAUUAUUCAAUAUUUUCAGGCCCAAAGUAUUAAGAAUGGACCGCUUGUCGUCCAGGCGCAUUUAAAACUCGCUGGGUAUUUCUAUAUUUGGCCUUACAGGAUGAUAAUGAUAUCCAGAGAUGAUGGUGACCUAAUGAAUUUUCAACUCUAAUUAAAAUAUUUUGAGCUACAUUUGAAUAAGGAGGCAUAUAUAUAUAUGUGUGCAUGCGCUUGUGAACUUGUCUUCUCUCGUGCAAAGCGUCUGGGUUGCUAUUUGCAUAUCUUCUCACAAAAAGCUAAUCUGCAUUUCAUGUCUCAUUUUCUCUCUCACUCUUUUUUUUUUUCUUUCUUCAGACAUGAAUAUUAAUGUGGAACACGAAACUUUGAUGUCAGUGAUUCAGAAUAGACGUGUUAAAUGGAGAAAAAAAGAAAAACAUACAUAUUGCUAAGUUUGGUUGCCUCUGAGUUUGACGCUUCAUAACUUUGUACACUUUAUCACAUCUUUUUAAAAUACGUGUCUAUUUUCAUUAUUCGGCACUUGUCAUAUGAGUGAUUUUGGAGUUCUUUCUUUUUUUAGCAAAUAAAUUCAGCUGUUUGUUUACAGAAUCAA